GCCUAACAGAGCGCCCGUCACUCGAGCCACUUGGGGAAGGCAGGAGCCAGAGCCACGCUGGACCCAGUUCACUCUAGCCUCGGAGGCAAGAAUCCUGCGCACUCCAGGUCUACCACCCAGCCGUUCCGCUCGCCAGCCGCACCCCUUGCAAGGCAUGAGUCGCUCGCCGGAGCCCGAGGCUGCAGAGUGGUCAUGAGGCGGUGGCGCAGUAGCAGCGGCUGCGUCUCGGCAGCCCCCAAAUCCCCUCCAGGCGCAGCUCCCCCAGGAUGAGCCCCCAGACUCGAGCCUACCAAGCUGAGAGUCACCCAGCGCCCCGCUGACGUCCGAGCGCCUUCGCAGCGCACACCUUGUCCCUUGCAGCCCCCCACGCGACACCUGCGCACUUAAGUAGAUGCGCGCGGACUGAAUCCAACUCACCCGCCUCCGCCGCCGCUGCCGCCCGCCGCGCGGGGUCCUAAAGCCGCGCGACUCAAGAGGAUGGUGCGCCUGGCCGCGGAACUGCUCCUGCUGCUGGGGCUGCUGCUGCUCACGCUGCACAUCACGGUUCUGCGCGGAUCCGGAGCUGCCGACCGGCAGGACGCGGCCGCCGGCAACGUCAGCGGGUCCCAGCUGCAGAAUAACCUCAACCUGGAGAGUGACUCCACAUCAGAAACCAGCUUUCCUCUGUCCAAAGAAGCCCCAGAGGAACACCAGGUUGUCCACCAACCCUUCCCCAGACAGCGAUUCCCUCCAGAGACUGGGCAUCCUUCACUGCAAAGAGACGGCCCCAGAUCCUUUCUCCUUGACCUACCAAACUUUCCAGAUCUUUCCAAAGCUGAUAUCAAUGGACAGAAUCCAAAUAUUCAGGUCACCAUAGAGGUAGUUGAUGGCCCUGACCCUGAAGCAGAAAAAGAUCAGCAUCCGGAGAACAAACCCAGCUGGUCACUCCCAGCUCCCGACUGGCGGGCCUGGUGGCAGAGGUCCUUGUCCUUGGCCAGGACAAACAGUGGGGACCAGGAUGACAAGUAUGACAGUACCUCAGAUGACAGCAACUUCCUCAGCGUUCCUAGAGGAUGGGACCGUCCAGUCCCAGGCCACCGGACUUUUGAAACCAAAGAGCAGCCAGAGUAUGAUUCCACAGAUGGCGAAGGGGAUUGGAGUCUCUGGUCUGUCUGCAGCGUCACCUGUGGAAAUGGAAACCAGAAAAGGACCCGUUCUUGUGGCUAUGCAUGCAUUGCCACAGAAUCCAGGACCUGUGACCGUCCAAAUUGCCCAGGAAUUGAAGAUACUUUCAGGACAGCAGCCACUGAAGUGAGUCUGCUUGCGGGAAGUGAGGAGUUUAAUGCCACCAAGUUGUUUGAAGUUGACAUGGAUAGCUGUGAGCGAUGGAUGAGCUGCAAAAGUGAGUUCUUAAAGAAAUACAUGCACAAGGUGAUCAAUGACCUGCCCAGCUGCCCCUGCUCCUACCCCACUGAGGUGGCCUACAGCACAGCUGACAUCUUUGACCGCAUCAAGCGCAAGGACUUCCGAUGGAAGGAUGCUAGUGGGCCCAAAGAGAAACUAGAGAUCUACAAGCCUACUGCUCGGUACUGCAUCCGCUCUAUGCUGUCCCUGGAGAGUACCACACUGGCUGCCCAGCACUGUUGCUAUGGUGACAACAUGCAGCUCAUCACCAGGGGCAAAGGGGCAGGCACACCCAAUCUCAUCAGCACCGAGUUCUCUGCUGAGCUCCACUACAAAGUGGAUGUUCUGCCCUGGAUUAUCUGCAAGGGUGACUGGAGCAGAUAUAAUGAAGCCCGGCCUCCCAAUAAUGGACAGAAGUGCACAGAGAGCCCUUCUGAUGAGGACUACAUUAAACAGUUCCAAGAAGCCAGGGAGUACUAAAGGACCACUGGUUUGGAGGCACAAAUGCACUGCACUGAUCUGCAAACUGUCACCCGGUUCUUUUUAUCCACAAUUUUUGUAUAUCUGUAUAUUCCACAUGAAUAUUUUUGUAAGUAUACUAGGGGUGUGCACCAGGUCUGGGGGACCACUAUGUCCAGUACCUACAAACCAUGUUGGAAGUCCUCCUAAUGGCUGUGUGGGAUGGAAGAGGCACCUGGGAGCCAUAAUGGGUAUAAUUCUGUUCCCACCUCCAUCCAGUGCACAGGAGCACAGAGACUGAGGGGUUGUAAACAUUAUAAGCAGGUUUUUAUAUAUAUAUAUAACUUAUUUAAUACAAAUGUGACUUAAGCUUAACCUUUUCUCUGGAGUUGUCCUUAUAAAAAAUUAUUUAAUUGCUUCUGAGAGAGUUCAAAAGGGAAAGGACAUAGGGGAAUUAUGAGAAAAGGAAUUUUGCAUUGGAAAUGCAUGAGAGCAAUAAAACACCCACCUUGCACCAGGUGUUCUUUAAUCAUGGAUGGGUGCUUGCUGGAGUCACAGAGUCAAGACUUCCUGGUCUUAGAUGAGGCAAGGGGUGGGUAGUAACUGAAUGUGUAGAGUCAAAACUAAGACAUGGUUUUAAAUGGCUUUAAAGUAAAUGACCAGCGUAAUUGUACUGAAGAGCCCCAGCAGGGGCAUUUCUGUUCUGUCUUAACAGGCUCAGAAGACUGAAGGAAGUUCAGGCGUACAGCCAGGAGUGGCACUUUCCAAAGAAAAAAAAAAAAAAAACAAAGCGAGUUGAAAAAUAAUAGGGUCCCCGUUUUGUCUAUUUUAUCUCAAUAGAGCAACUUUUUCUCCACCAAUAUAUUCCCAGCAAAUAAAUAUAAAAGGGGGUGAUGAGAGCUGAAGUCUGGGAAAUCCUUAUAUUUUUAUGUUUUAAGAAAAAAAACUACAGUAUUUUUGUAAAGUAUUUAUUGACUCAUUGGAUAUUGUGCAUCAUGCAGUUAGGAGAUGACCCACUUCUGUGGGGUAGAACUUGAGGACGGAUGAAGGGUUGGUUCUUAUUCGACCUUUUACUUGCAAAACUCCAGGGAAAGAGAUAUAUAAUAAAAUCAUAAUAAAAUGUGUUACC